AUGACCACCCUUGAAGCGAUCAAGUUUGACCGCACAAACGUUACCUUGCAAAUCUUGGAUCAGCUCUUGAUCCCAUACUCAACGGAAUACUUGAAUAUUGAAGGAGUCGACGAUGCUUAUGAUGCCAUAAAGUCGAUGCAAGUCCGUGGUGCUCCAGCUAUCGCAAUUGUUGGUUCGUUUGCAAUUGUCGUAGAGAUUAAGAAUCGCCAUAUUUCAUCCAUUGAUGAAUUGGCGGCCAAGAUUGACUACUUGGAGAGCUCAAGGCCGACGGCUGUGAACCUUUCAAAUGCUUGUAAUGAAAUCAGAGCUUUGUUGGGGAAUUCCGAAUCACUCGACGAAGUUUAUAAACGUGUGUUCGACUUUGCUGUUGCAUUGUAUGACGACGAUUUGAGCAACAACCACAAAAUUGGUCUGAAUGGUGUCGACUAUCUUGUUGAAAGUUUGCGGUCUCAAAAUUUCGAGGGUCCGUUUUCCAUUAUAACUUAUUGCAAUACUGGUUCUUUGGCCACGUCCGGACACGGAACUGCUCUCGGUAUCGUGAGGUCGGCGUACAAGGCUUUAAGCAAAGAAAACUCGAAGGAAAAGUUCUGGCUUGAGCAGAUUUAUCCAUGCGAAACCAGGCCCUAUAAUCAAGGCGCCAAAUUGACCACUUUUGAAUUGAAGUACGAGAAAAUCCCGUUCACACUCAUAUGUGACAACAUGGUGACAUCUUUAAUAUCACGGACUCAUAAUAAGAAACAGGUUAAAGACAUCGUUGCUCCCGUCAAAUUUGCAAUUGUUGGUGCUGACAGAAUCGUCCAGAAUGGAGACACUGCUAAUAAGAUUGGAACUUUCCAGCUCGCCGCUAUUUUUGAUUCGUUCAACAGGAGAAACACGGGUCCAAGGGAUUCCUUAAAGAUGAUAGUCGCCGCUCCAAGAACCACUAUUGACUUGAAAACCACUACGGGAGAUGACAUUAUCAUCGAAGAGCGUCCUGCGAACGAGCUCACUACUUUAAAGGGACCUAUUCUCCGAAAAGAUGUAGCUGGAGAAAAGCAGAUUGUAGGCGUUGCAACACCAGGCAUACAAGUGUGGAAUCCAGCUUUUGAUGUCACUCCUCAUGAACUCAUAGACAGCAUCGUUACCGAAGAGAAGGUUUACGCAAAAGACAAGGAGGGAAACUAUCAUCUCUAA